GUGAUGAAUAGGAGGGACUGUCUCCCUCCCCCAUCCCUCGGAGACUAGCCUUGCAGUGUUUUAGGCUGUUUUGAAAUUCUGUUCUUUAGAUUUUUUUUUUUUCUUAAUAUCAAACAAAGAACUGCUGCUAUUCCUUUGGGCUGGCGCAGCAGGGGCCGGUGAAAUGCAGGCUGACGGCGGCGCGCCAGGGGCUGCGCUCGCCCCGGUCGGCGACGCGCACACACCUUGAGUGACAGCGACCUCUUCUCUACAGGUUUUCCCCGCGGGAGCGUGGCCCUUGCGGGCGUUCGUUUUUUUCUGGAAAUCGCGGAGGGGGCUGGCCGGGGCAGCGACCCCGACCCCGGGACUCCAGCCCCGGCCGUGCGCGUCGCCGCGGACGGGCUCUGCGGGCCACGGGGAAGGUGCGAGGAGGCGCGAGCAGGCUGUGAGCCGCUGGGCGCUCCCGCGAACCCACUCCUCCCCGUCGGGAGCAGGGCAAAGGCGCCGGGAGCAGGGCAGAGGCACCGCGCCCACCGCCUCCGCAGCCGCCUGAUGUGCGAGCAGCCCGCGACGAGGCAGUGCACGCUCAGAGGCCCCGCUCCUCCCGCCAGCGCGCGGCCUCGCUCCUCCUAGAGGACGCUCUUUGCGCGAGCCCCCGGAGGAGGCGGCGGCGGGGCGAGCUGCAGCGCCGACACAGGAGGUUUGUCCCCGCCCGCGCGCCGUACCGCGGCGGAGAUGGGCGAGACCAUGUCAAAGAGGCUGAAGCUCCACCUGGGAGGGGAGGCAGAAAUGGAGGAACGGACGUUCGCCAACCUCUUCCCAGACUACGAGGCUGCCGCCGGGGCGCUGCUCGCCGCCGGAGCGGCCGAAGAGACAGGCUGUGUUCGUCCCCCGGCCACCACGGACGAGCCCGGCCUCCCUUUUAAUCAGGACGGGAAGAUCAUUCAUAAUUUCGUAAGACGGAUCCAGACCAAAAUUAAAGAUCUUCUGCAGCAAAUGGAAGAAGGGCUGAAGACAGCUGAUCCCCAUGACUGCUCUGCUUAUACUGGCUGGACAGGCAUAGCCCUUUUGUACCUGCAGUUGUACCGAGUCACAUGUGACCAAACCUACCUGCUCCGAUCCCUGGAUUAUGUAAAAAGAACACUUCGGAAUCUGAAUGGCCGCAGGGUCACCUUCCUCUGUGGGGAUGCUGGGCCCCUGGCUGUUGGAGCUGUGAUUUAUCACAAACUCAGAAGUGACUGUGAGUCCCAGGAAUGCGUCACAAAACUUUUGCAGCUCCAGAGAUCGGUUGUCUGCCAAGAUUCAGACCUUCCUGAUGAGCUGCUUUAUGGACGGGCAGGUUAUCUGUAUGCCUUACUGUACCUGAACACAGAGAUAGGUCCAGGCACCGUGUGUGAGUCAGCUAUUAAAGAGGUAGUCAAUGCUAUUAUUGAAUCGGGUAAGACUUUGUCAAGGGAAGAAAGAAAAACGGAGCGCUGCCCGCUGCUGUACCAGUGGCACCGGAAGCAGUACGUUGGAGCAGCCCAUGGCAUGGCCGGAAUUUACUAUAUGUUAAUGCAGCCAGCAGCGAAAGUGGACCAAGAAACCUUGACAGAAAUGGUGAAACCCAGUAUUGAUUAUGUGCGCCACAAAAAAUUCCGAUCUGGGAAUUACCCGUCGUCAUUAAGCAAUGAAACAGACCGGCUGGUGCACUGGUGCCAUGGCGCCCCGGGGGUCGUCCACAUGCUCAUGCAGGCAUACAAGGUCUUUAAGGAGGAGAAGUACUUGAAAGAGGCCAUGGAGUGUAGCGACGUGAUUUGGCAGCGAGGUUUGCUGCGGAAGGGCUACGGGAUAUGCCAUGGGACUGCUGGCAACGGCUACUCCUUCCUGUCCCUUUACCGCCUCACGCAGGAUAAGAAGUACCUCUACCGCGCUUGCAAGUUUGCAGAGUGGUGUCUAGAUUACGGAGCACACGGGUGCCGCAUUCCUGACAGACCCUAUUCGCUCUUUGAAGGCAUGGCUGGCGCUAUUCACUUUCUGUCCGAUGUCCUGGGACCAGAGACAUCACAGUUUCCAGCAUUUGAACUUGACUCUUCGAAGAGGGAUUAAAAGGUGCAAAAAGACAACUAAAAUACCCAUUUGGACCAAAAGCCACCAGAUUGCUUAGUGCCUGACACAGAAACAACUGGGAAUCUUGAAAGAGAAGCAGACACCGUCACAGGCCCCUCUGUUAGACUAGCAUGAGUGACCGAAGCCAUCCAUCAACAUUUUCUAACAGCACCCUCAUCGGCAUAAAAUAUGACUUCUUCACAUACAGAUUCUGUGUAGUGUUUGCAUGUUUCUUGGUGUUUGUUGUCUCCAGGUGUAAGCUGUAUUAAAUGGAAGGCCCUUCUAUUCCUGAGGGCUCAGAGCUGACCAUGCAUGAAUGUAUGGCAGUGUCCACUUUUCUGUAUAAAAUGUAUAAAGUGGGGUUUCUUCCAUAUUGACAAAUGAGGGAACAGGUGGUGUCUAUCUUGUAUAUCAGAAAGAUUAUCUAGGGUCUAUCCUAGUGAUAAUACAUUGUCAGCCUUUUCUGUGGCACCUUCCAGAUGAGUAUGAGGGACCAACCACUCCACGGACGGACAGGAGCAGCAGUUGCACAGGGGCGUGCUGGGGUGGUUUGGGAGUGCGCAGUUGAACGCUUCCUGUUUGGAUUUUGCACUCACCUUUGUGUUUUAAAGAAGCCUCAGGGUGCAUUGCAGCUCUGUCAGGGCCCCAUUCCCAGCAGAGGCUUCAGGUGCUUUGUGUAGAGUCCAGGGCAGCUGGAGCUUUGUGGGGGAGACUUCUGGACCCAAAGGGAGCUUUCCCAAGAAGCCUUUGAUGGCCACACUGCAGGCAGCAGUGACUAAGCACUGGCAUUUCCAGAACAUUUACCCAGGUAUAUGUUACUAAAACAGGCUCCACCUCAGUUUAUCAACAUUAUAAGUUACUGUUCUAAGAAGAGUAAAUAUAGUUCCAGAUGGGUUAUUACAGAUUAACAGAAAGACACUCAACUGGACUCAUGUCCCUGCAAUUAAACUUAUUUCAACCUUUUGGAAAGUUAUCAAAGUCUAAAUUUGGAAUGAAUGCAUCUCCUAUUAUUUUGUCUACUUUUGGGUGAUAAAAAGUACUAGCCCUCAUUUAUAGAUAUGAGAAACAUAAUGUUCUAACCAACAACAUUAUGGUAUUUGUGUGACUUUUAUUUAAAAAAAUGUGAGCGGUAGUUUGGGUUAGCCUACUUUCAUUAAUUCUAUCACGUAGAUUCCAGUUUUUAGAAGGGUUUCUGUCAUCAUGGAACAGGUGGUCUGGGACUAAGUACUUCUCGUCUUGUGAGCUAAGGCUUGUGUCAUGAAAGACAAGAGGCCUCUCUUAACAGCCCAGUCCUUGUCUGCAGGGGGCGUCCUGAGCAUUUCCCAGCCCCAGUGUCCACACCUCUCAGAAAGGAGAAAAAAGAAUGUCAGUUUAGGAGAAAAGCUUCCUUUUUACUUGUGUGGUUAUGUGUGGGGCUGGCACCCUAAAUGUGUGACAUUCAGCUUCUAAACGAUGCCUGGAGAGUCUCUUUGCUGCAGACACCCUUGCUCCUGAGUCAUGAUUAUUUUCUUUCAUGUUAGACUGAUGACUUCUGUGAAUAGAAAUCAUCCCGAUCCUAUUUUACCUGGCCUCCAGGGCCUGCUGAUGGGCUUUGCAGGCAGUCCAGCAGCCCACACCUGCAGGCAGGAUGCUGUCAUCAAUGAGCUGAGGGUAGCUGCUUUGCUGAAGACCUCACACGAUGUCCAAUCUCAUCCAAAUAACAUUGUUCCCAUCCUCCCGACCCACCACAUCAAAACACAACACAUCACAGCACUCAGUAGAGGUCCUGCCUCCCCGUUUCUCAAGGGAAGCCAGUAGGCAACACAGCCAGCAUGGUGCUCUCCAGGGCGGCCCCUCUCAGAGGAGGAGGCAGCUGGUGCAGCCAGGUGUCUGCAGAGCAGCCACAGGGCGGGUGUCUCCCCAGGUGAGUCCAUCCACACACAUGUUUGAAAAACACUAUUAGUCUUUCUAACACACUGAGGGAAAGAUUAAAAAAAUCUGUGGAAUAAAGGAGAUUUUAUUUACAGAUUUUUUUAAAAGCCACCUGGGUUGACACCUUCCUACUUAUCCACUAGAUGUCAUCAGAGGUGCUGUUCCGUGGCUCUGCAUUAACCCCUGCCUCAUGUCUGUCACAUGUGACAGUAAUUCCAGCUCGGUCCCUCCAGGCAAAGGAGAAACGGGACUUACUUCACAGGACAGGGGAUUGACAGAAGUCAGUUUAAGAGAAGUGGGACUUACUUACUUCACAGGACAGAGGAUUGACAGAAGUCAGUUUAAGAGAAGUGGGACUUACUUACUUACUUCACAGGACAGAGGAUUGACAGAAGUCAGUUUAAGAGAAGUGGGACUUACUUACUUCAUAGGACAGGGGAUUGACAGAAGUCAGUUUAAGUGAAGUGUUUGAAUCAGACCAGUACAUCUCAUUCAUUUCUUGGAUUUGUGUUCACAAUUGUGUUCUCUAAAAUGUGUCUAAAUUUUAAAGAUAUGUACAUGCAUAAUGUCAUUUUAAAAUACGAAAGAAAGAAUUUGAUGUCCACAAAAAGUGUUUGAGGUUCUUUGGUUUUGUUAGUAAAAGCCAGUUCUGUGGUGAUGACCUA